AUGUCUCUUCGUGCACCACGACUCAAGCCAGGAGCAUCCUCCUGUGAACUGGGACAUAUUCAAAGGAGUUUUCUGCUCCCCAUGGCAACGAUACUGCCACUGCUCCACAUACUCGCCAUCGAUUGGCAGGGUGCCUUUCCAUGA